GUGCUGGCAACAGGUUGUACUGGUAGCAGGGGAGAGUUACCCCUAUGUUAUCGGUUCACUAAGUAGCACCUUCUCAUCCCACCAGCACUGUUCAGCGCUGCUGCUGCUUGAAGGACUGUCAAAUGCAAGAUCCGUAAGUGAGGAGGAUCAUUCAGCAUAAGGAUCAUUUUUACAGGCUGCUUGCACCAAAAACCAGGAAGUGAGCAUGAGUAGCCUGUCUGCUGACAGGAAGACGCCCGUGGAUCAUGGCGUUCAGAUCCGCUUCAUCAAAGACCUCCAUGACACAGGCGGCGGUUAUCCUGAUAAAUCCAGGGGAAACAACAGUGCGGCGACUCCUUCCAACAAAUAUGGCGUGGCAGUGAGGGUUCAGGGAAUCUCUGGGCAGCCUUACGUGGUCCUGAAGGAUGGAGAGAAAGGCGACUCAUACGGAGUUCAGUUAAAAACCCCCACCUCCAGCUCGGGGACACCGUCACCGUACAACAGCCUUCCAAAAAUUAAUAAAGUUCCGAAAGAAUUCUUAAAUCCCUACACACCUGUUGAUAACUCAUCACAGUCCCCUGUUUCCCCAGCAGAGGAUGAGGAUGGGGAAAUUUUUGGGAGCCCUCUCAAAAGACCUCCAGGGGAUGGUCAAGCAGGGACACAAGGGGAGGAGGAGAAUGGGAUGGGCAGAGAAAAACGGGUAGAGAAGCCAAAAGCUGAACCCCUACUCAAAGCGAGACCUAGUGAAACAGAGAAAAACACAGACUGGACAAGUGAAGGAACAUAUAACGAAGCAGGACUUAAACCUGUCAAAUUUAACCCUGUGGGACCCAGAGGGGUAAACCAAACUGGCUCUGGUUUCACCGGCUCUUUGGGGAGGUACAGUGAUAAGAAACCAAAUCCAAAUUCUUUGUCACAGUCAUUCCCCGAACCUCCAGCAUCGACCGACGAGGAGCCUGUCCCUGUAAUCGACACCAACUCCCUGGCUCCCAUCAACAAGCUCAUCAGUAAGUUCAACAGUGGAACACCAGGUAGCGCCCAACAGACCAGAGGGCGCUCUGGAGCGAGGCAGCGGCUCAGACUUGAAGAGCGCAGAAGGUCCAGGAGUCUUGACGCCCGAAAAGAUGCUGAGCCGGAAGUUUCCCUCCCCUCUCCAACUCCAAAUCCCUACGCUUCACCCCAGUUUACCUCCUCCAGCAUUGAGCUCAAGAUCCAGGCUACUCCAGCAAGUAGCAGCCUCGGAAAGAGCCCUCCAUCUGUUGCCAAGGUGACAGCUUUCGAGGCUCCCAAGACAAAUUUCAAGUUACCAGAGAAGUUUACUGCCAAGAGCACGCCUCCAACUAUAGCAAAAAAGCCUGAGACACUUCCUAGAAGUCAAAGUGCAGAGAUCAUGGGUGGGGGAGAGACUCCAAUCAAGCAAACUAGCUUCAACAUCCUGAAAAACAGCAUCGGUGACAGUGAAGGAUUCCUUAAACCAAAAGUCAGUCCCAUUGCUGAAACAACCGGCAGCUUAAAGAAGGGAGGAUCUGAUGGAAGCCUCAAAACAGGGAAUCUUGAGGAACUUCAGGAGCAAAUCAAACGCCUCAAAAAAGAACUGCAGCAAGCCCAGGAAGAACUGGCCGAGGAGCGUAUCGCAAGAGAAAUCGCAGAAUCACGUCUGCACAUGCUGGAAGAUCAGCUAGCUGAGCUUCAGGAAGAACUGAGGAGGGUUUCCGAAAACUCAUCUCAUUCAGACUCGAUGCAGACGGAUGUGGCCGCUCUGCAGGCCCAGCUGGCUGAGGCCACCGUGCUGCGCCAGCGUCUAGAAGAUACGCUACACCAGCGAGAGCGGGAGUUGACAGCCCUGAAGGGGGCACUAAAGGAGGAGGUGGAGUGCCACGACAAAGAGAUGGAGAGUCUAAGGGAGCAGUACAGCCAGGAUAUGGAGGACCUGAGAAAAACCAUGGAGCAGUUCACACAGUCUCAGGAGCAGAUCAUAGAGGAGAGGGAGAGGGUGAAUGCCUCCGUGUUGACGCUAGAGCAGGAGCUGGAGAGCUGCAGAGAUCAGGGAGAGCAGUGGAAGACGGAGCUGAAGGCCACCACGCAGGAGCUGCAAAAGACCAAAGAGGACAGGAACGAGGCGAACCCCAGCAGCCAAACCUUGCAAAAAUCUCAUUUGGAAAAGGAAGAUUUGGAGGGUGAGCUAAAGGAUCUUCAGGAUUCAUUGCUUGCCAAGAAGAAACAAACGCCUGCGUCUGAUGAUAACCGUUCUUUAGCAGAGGAGCUUCGGUGUUGCCAUAACGACCUGAAGAGGGCUCGCACCGAUCUGGACAAACAAAGGGGUCAGCUGGACGAGAAAAUCGAGGCACUUCAAGCUCUGAAGAAGGCGAGCGGAGAGAAAGAGGCCGAGCUUCAGUCCGAGAUCAGAAAGUUGAAGGAGCAAUUUCAGAAAGACAAGACUGAGCUGGAAAAGGCACUCGAGAAGGCAAAGGAGUCGUCAGCUGGUGCAGGAAGUACUGUGGUGGACCACGGCAGCAACAACCUGGAGCUCCAAGAGACAAACAAUCGCCUGAAGGAGAGGCUGGCCCGCAUGACAAAGCUUCACUCCAGCAUGCCUCGGAGCCCGGAGGACGAGGAUGCCGUGGAAGCCUUGGAGGAUGAGAACCGCUUCCUGAAGUCUCAGCUGGAGGAGGCCAAGAGAGGAGCCGGCCGACUGAGCAAGGAGAGGGACGAGCUGGUCCGACGGUUGGAGGACCGAGACAUGGAGAGGGAGGCGCUGAGGAGGGGCAAAAGCGAACUGGAGGAGCAGAAGAGACAGCUGGAUCGGGCAGUUGAAAAGCUUAACAAAGAGGUGGAGAUGAUGAUGGGAGAUUCUCGUCACUCGGUAACCAACCUGCAGAUACAGUUUGAUGAAUACAGGGAACGCUCGAGGAAGGACCUGCUGGAGGCGCAGCGCAGCAGUAAGGACAGGCUGGCCGAGCUGCAGAGGGCUCAGACCAACCUGAAGGCCCAGCAAGAAGAGGUUUCUCGUCUGAAGAAGGAGCUGCUGACGUGCAGUGAGGAGAGAGACAGCGCUCAGCUGGAGAGAGACCUGCUCAACAACCGCCUCAAACACUUGGAGAGCGAGUUCGAAGCAGAAAAGAGCACGCACACUGACCGUGCCCGGGAGGUCAGAGGCCUGGAGGAUAAAAUUAAAACCCUGGAGAUCGAGCUGGAUGAGGAGAAGAGUAAUGUGGAGCUUUUGAACGAUCGCAUUACCAGAAGCCGAGAUCAGGUUGACCAGCUUCGUUCAGAGCUCAUGCAGGAGCGUUCAGCCAGACAUGACCUGGAAAUGGACAAGAGUGCACUGGAGAGACAGAUGAAGGAACUAAAGUCUCGAGUGGCAGACAUGGAGGGACAGCCUCGACCCUCGGCUGGAAUCACACUUCUAGAAACCAAAAUUCAAGAGUUAGAGGAGAAACUACACAGUGAAGAAAGAGAGAAGGCCACUAUCCAGGCUUCUCAGAGGCGGACGGAGAGAAAGCUGAAGGAGCUAAACGCCACAUUAGACCAGGAGAGAAGCCAGCACGUUGAGCAGAGAGAUCAGUUGACGCUGCGCGUGAAGGCCUUGAAACGUCAAGUCGACGAGAGCGAGUUAGAGGUGGAGCGCUUGGAGGGAGUCCGCCGUAAAGUUCUCAGGGACUUGGAAGAGCAGCGGGAGCUGCAGGAAGCACUGCAGGCUAAAGUGACAACGCUGGAGAGUGAAUUAAAGCGGAAGUCGCAGCAGACACAUCGCUCGACUCUGGCCUCCUCUGCUCUAAGCUCUGAGGACGAGGACGGUUUCUAUGACAGCAAAAUCUCCUCUGAAUGAGAGUCCUGAACGAGAGCGACCCACAAACCUCCAACUGCUAAAUGACAAUGACUACUAGCAUGACAAGACCACAAAACUUUUUUACUCUUCAGCAUAAACAGAUUUUCUUGUAUGAGGUUCCACUUGUGCCAAAAUUAUGUUUCCCUUGUGUCUUUUCAACUUUGAGCUUUAAACCUGCCGUGUUGCUGCGCUUUCCAAUACUGUGCAGAAAGAUUAUCUGAAAAUUUCAUGUAGCCAGCGCAUUCUCAGAAUGUCAACAAACCACUGAAGCUGUGUCUGAAACCAAAUCCAGAACACAGCUUGUGUAACUGGGGUUUUGCCAUCAGUGGGACAUUUGUCGGCUGUCAAACGACAGGGAGAUGACAGCAACGCAAAAGGACGACAUAACAAAACAAAAGGGAGCACGACAAGUCAGAACAGCAUCAAACAACAGCGGUCAAACAGCAAGAUGUUUCAACUGAAACGGCGUGACGUGACCAUAAUUUUGGCACAUAAUGAGCCUCGUAUGUGCACAGAAAUGUAUUCAAGUCCUCAGUUUUGUGAAGUCACUUGCGCCUCUCAGUUGGUUUUAUUUUCAGUUCGGCGGUCCAGUCCAGAGGCGGGCUGCCGUGAUCGUUACACUGCAUUUUUGAGCCUUCCGAUAUGUGAUUACGAUCGCGCCAGUGCUGUCACGUUUUAUCAUUCUCGAUCUUUCGUUUCUCUUUUACAUUGAGAAGAAUUUACAGCUGCUGCAGAUUUCUACCUACUGUGCUUCAACUUGUGUUCUCAAGAAACUUCUUUACUGUGUUUCUACAAUAAUUACAGUUUAUUACGGCGCUAGUAUCUGACAUUGUGGUACCGUUUAUGUUCCCGUCGUACGGUAGAUGUGUAGUUUCAUAUCACAAACCAAGAAACAAAAAGGCUUUGUUUGCUUCUGCAUGUUAAGUUACUUCUUGUCAGUGUUUGAAGCUCUUAGUGUUUCUUUGUGUGCCCAAAGUGAUGUAAUGUUUAGUUUUUUUGUUUUACUUUGAAUGUGACUAUUACAGGCAACUUAAUGUGAGCCUUCAUUUUUACACUGGAUAGCCGUGCAUACCUGAAGAUAAUCAAGUACACGUACAGCACUUUGUAGCUUCAAAGACUAAACUUUUCCCCGUGAUGCUUUUCUACUCCACCCAUCGUAUUUCUCAUGCGGUUUCAUGUGCAUGUCUUCACUCAGAUGCCUUAAAAACGAGACCCAUAUGUUUAUUUUUAUUGCCGCAUGUGUUCUGUUUAUAAGCUGCUGCUGUAAUGAUUUAAAUAGUAUUUUAUAUGCUUGCCUUUGCUUGCGUCUUCCUCUGUUCGCCCCCUGUUGGAAGAGAAGCAGAUUUCCUACUUUUUUUUGCACCUGGUUGUUCUAAACGUUGCUUUUAAUCUCCUAAAAAUAUUUUAUUGGUGUUGUUUAUAACACGUUAAACAUGUUACAUUCGUGACACAUUUGUUUAUACUGGGGUAAUUCAGAAACAAUGGUGUUAACGUUAAGAUGAGUUUAUUAAGCUGACAUAUGGCACAAAACUUUGUAAGGUUCCCAACAUUUUGUGUACAAUAAAAUAAAGAAUACUGAA